GCAAAGUGGGGCAAAAAAUAAACGAAAACAAAAGAAAAAAAGUAAAAAAAAAAUGGAGGAAUGAUGGACGAAUUUUAUUUAUAGAUUUUUCAUUGCUUUGUAGAAUAAGAACAAUAAAGAACAUUUAGUAUGAAAUUUUGUGAAUGAGCUUUUCUGAAUUUUCAUGAAGAUUCGGGAAAACUGUCAAUUACACGCGACCAACGCAGAAUGUUAUCGAGAAUGUUCGACAGUCAGAAAAUCUAAAAUUAUUCAUGUGCUACCCAACCUUAUAAAAGUGGACAGCAGACAGCAAACAGCAGAUGGAAGUAAAUAAUUAAAUAUUGAAGAAAAGACGUGACAUAAUAUUUAUUAUAAAUUCAUAUACAAAUUUUUUAAUUACUUAUAAAUUGUAUCUUGAAGUUUGAAUAAUAAGAAAUUAAGAUAUGACUGUUGAAGGCGAAAUUGAAGCUGUCACCUUCAAAACUGAAGGCAAUAACGCUUUCAAGUCUGAAAAGUGGGAGGAGGCUGUAAAAUGUUAUACAAAGGCUAUAGUGGCUGGUGAAAAGCAUAAGGAGUUACCCAUUUUUUAUAAAAACCGGGCUGCCGCUUACUUGAAACUUGAGAAAUAUCAAGAUGCUCUUAAUGACUGCAGCGAGUCUUUACGUAUUUCACCAAAAGAUCCAAAAGCAUUGUUUCGACGUGCUCAGGCCUACGAAGCUUUGCAGAAAUUUGAAGAGGCGUAUAAAGAUGCUACUGAUUUGUUCAAAGAAGAUCCCACAAAUAAAUCAGUACAGCCGAUGUUGCAACGUUUACAUCGAAUUGUGCAGGAACGCGUGGCGCAGAAUGCAAAAACUUCAACUAAGGUCAAUCAAAUGAUGGAAAUCACUUUUGAUAUGGAAACUUCUUCAGAUAAACGUCGCUCGGGUGCCAAUAAUUUAUUGGUUCUAGCUAAAGAAGAGGUCGGCGCUGACAUGCUUUUUAAAGCUGGGUGUAUUACAAAAAUUUCUUCAAUUACUAAAAUAGAAAAGGAUCCUGAAAUAUAUUGCAAUUUGAUUCGUGUCGUUGGAGAAUUGUGUGGUGGAGCCGUGGAUCGAACAAAGGCCGUAUUGAGGGAAUUGGGUGUUCCAUGGUUUCUGCAUGUUUUAGAUCACAAGCAUGAAGAACGUGUUACGGCAGCCCAAUACUGUUUACAAGCUAUUAUUAAUUCAUUGUCGGGCAUGGAAAACAAACCGGAAAGUAAACCUAAAAAGGAUCUUUGUGAUCAGAAUAAAAAGGAAAUUGAUACACUACUUACAUGUUUGGUUUAUACUAUAACUGAUCGCACUAUUUCCGGACCGGCACGCGAUGCUAUUAUCGAGUUAUUGACACGUAAUAUUCACUAUACAGCUCUGGAAUGGGCGGAGAGGUUAGUUGAAAUACGUGGGCUACAUCGACUAUUAGAAGUAUGCUCUGAGUUAGAGGAAUACAAGUACGAGAGCGCAAUGGAGAUAACACCAUCUUCGCGUACAAUUGCUUCCGUGUGCAUGGCCAGAAUUUACGAGAACAUGUAUUACGAUGAAGCAAAAAAGCGUUAUUCAGAUCAGAUUGAUGAGUAUAUUAAAGACAAACUCUUAGAUCCUGAUAUGGAAUCUAAAAUACGGGUAACUGUUGCUAUUACUUCUUUAUUGUCUGGUCCAUUGGAUGUUGGAAACCAAAUAAUAGCGCGGGAAGGCAUUUUGCAAAUGAUUUUAGCCAUGGCCACUACUGAUGAUGAGUUGCAACAACGAGUUGCUUGUGAAUGUAUAGUUGCUGCAGCUUCCAAGAAAGACAAAGCUAAGGCUUUAUGCGCUCAAGGAGUAGACAUAUUGAAAAACCUGUAUAAAUGUAAAAACGACAAUAUACGUGUACGUGCAUUGGUUGGGCUAUGCAAACUUGGCAGUUACGGUGGCCAAGAUGCUGCCAUACGACCAUUUGCUGAUGGAGCGACAAGUAAAUUAGCCGAGGCAUGUCGUCGUUUCUUGAUCAAACCUGGUAAGGAUCGUGAUAUUCGCCGUUGGGCUGCUGACGGUUUAGCUUACCUUACUCUUGAUGCGGAGGUAAAAGAGAAACUGAUCGAAGACAAGCCUGCCAUUCAUGCUCUCAUUGAUCUGGCACGCUCCGGUGACCAAUCCUGUCUUUAUGGGGUAGUUACGACAUUUGUUAAUCUCGUUAAUGCGUAUGAGAAGCAAGAGAUGUUGGCAGAGAUGAUAGAGCUAGCGAAAUUUGCUAAACAUCAUAUACCAGAAGAACAUGAACUAGAUGAUACGGACUUUGUAAAUAAACGCAUUACUAUUCUUGCAAAUGAAGGAAUAACAGGAGCAUUGUGUGCACUUGCUAAAACUGAAAGUCACAAUUCACAGGAGCUAAUCGCCCGGGUACUAAAUGCUGUAUGUAGUUUACAAGAACUACGAGGUAAGGUUGUGCAGGAUGGUGGAGUCAAAGCGUUGUUGCGAAUGGCGUUAGAAGGUACAGAGAAAGGAAAACGUCAUGCCUCACAAGCGUUAGCGCGCAUCGGUAUUACAAUCAAUCCCGAAGUAGCUUUUGCUGGACAGCGAAGUUUGGAUGUUAUAAGACCUCUUUUGAAUUUAUUGGCUCAAGAUUGUACCGCAUUGGAGAACUUUGAAUCACUUAUGUCACUAACUAAUCUGGCAGCGAUGAAUGAGAGUGUAAGACAACGUAUAGUAAAGGAACAGGGUGUCUCGAAAAUUGAAAUUUACCUGAUGGAAGAUCACUUAUACCUAACGCGUGCUGCGGCACAAUGCAUCUGCAACCUGGUUAUGUCGGAUGAGGUUGUAAAGAUGUUUGAGAAACCUAACGAUCGUGUAAAAUUCUUAGCAUUGCUAUGUGAAGAGGAAGAUGAGGACACUGCAAAAGCUUGUGCCGGAGCAUUGGCUAUGUUAACUUCAGUUUCCAAAGUCUGUUGCGAAAAAAUAUUAGAGAUUGGAACUUGGCUGCAGGUUUUACAUACGUUAAUUGCCAAUCCUAGUCCCGAUGUUCAACAUCGUGGCGUGGUGGUUAUAUUAAAUAUGAUAAAUGCAGGUGAAGAUAUUGCCCAGAAGCUUUUUGAAACGGAUAUUAUGGAACUUCUUAGCGGUUUGUCACAGUUGGCAGAUGACACUCGGAAUAAAGCGCGCGAAAUCGCUCAGCAGUGCUUAACUGCAGCAGAACGCUAUAAUCUUAUUGAAAAGUCGACCGAUGCCGUGGUGCCGAAUGUAUUCGAAGAGGCGGCACGAAUUGAAGAAAUGGACGGACAAUAAACUCUCUAAACGUAUUGUAGAAAGAUUAAUUUAAGUGCCUAAAGAAAUUUGUCCUUAAUUACUUACAUGUAUUGAUUUUUUAUGUUUUUAAAUUUAAUCAUUGCUCUUUUAGCUGUUUACUUGUUCUAGUAAACAGUCAUUUACGUUGACCAUAUUUUCAUUAAAAAUUUAUAUAAACACAUAA